CUUUGCAGUGAACUGCGUUGAAAUUAAAAAAAAAAAUUAAAAACAAAAAAAGACACACCACAAAAAGCAAAAACAAAUCAAAAUAUAAACAAAAAUUUAAAUGUAAAAAACGAAUUAAAAAAUUAUUAUGUCCGAUAUAAACGACAUUUACAGUGAUUUUGUUGAAAUAAAAAAAGAACGAAAACCCAAACGUGAACCAAAUAAACUCGUUGUAAUCAACGAGGAGGAUCUCAUCCGUCAAGUUGAAAUUCGACCGAUUUUAUAUGACAAGUCGUUAAAAGGAUAUCGAAAGUCAGCUUUGCGCCAUCAAUAUUGGAAGGAAAUUGCUGUUUCAAUUGGAUCCAGUGUUGAAGAGUGUAGAAAACGUUGGCGUUCACUGCGGGAUGCAUUUUCAAAACACUACAAGCUGAUGGCAAGAAUGGAACCAGUAACAUAUAAACGCAAAAAAUGGAUAUUUUUUGACCAAAUGAGUUUCAUUGCCCAGUAUUUGGAUAACUCCAACUUGGAGAUUGAAGAAACCGUAUUGGAAGAUUUUCAAGAUAAUUCCCAUGAUGAUAUCCUAAUACACGAUUCAGAUUCUGGAGCAAACAUCAAUGUCAACGAUGUCAAUGACAUCACACACGGUCCAUUUAAGACUGAAAACAAUUCAAUUACAAGCAGCCUCGUCGACGAUGAAGCCAAUCAUCCCACCAAUCAUCAUCAACUUCAUCAACAACAACAACAGCAUCAUCACCAACACGAGCAUCAAAAUGAUACAACAACAAUCGAUCUUGUUGAUGGUAAUCAGUUUAUAACCCGCAUAUUUCCGAGUCCCACCACAACCACGCAAUAUCUAACACUGGACGAACAAGACACCCAAAUUGCAGUACAGCAACAACACCAACAAGAGUCCAAAAAAGAAUUACAGCAACAACAAACAACCAAAAGUAAUACACUUACAGCCGAAGAAUAUGCCACUCUUAUGAACAUCGAUGGUGAUGAUAAAUUUUUGCUUAGCUGUUCGCCUAUUUUAAAACGCCUAUCCAGACACAAAAAUGCCCUUGCCAGAUUAAAAAUACAACAAAUUCUUUAUAAUAUUGAAUUCGGUGGUGAUGUUAUACAACCUUAGUACAAUUGUAUUUUGUCUAUAAAUUUAUUAUUAUUAUUAUUAUUAGUGUAAUAUAUGUAAAUUUUUAUUUAAA